AUGUUCGAUAUGGAUCUUAGCAAAAACAAAGCAACUUAUAAUUUUUUUACACAAGGUGCUGCUGUAACAGAAGUAGAAUUGGAUGUUUUAACUGGUGAUUGGCAUAUUCUACGUGUUGAUAUUCUUAUGGAUGUUGGUACGUCACUAAAUCCUCAAAUAGAUAUCGGACAAAUAGAAGGUGGAUUUAUGCAAGGUGUGGGUUUAUACACUAUGGAAGAACUUCAAUGGGGUGAUGAAAAGCAACACGGAUGGAUUCCACCAGGACAAUUGUAUACUCUUGGGCCUGAUACUUAUAAAAUUCCAUCAUUUAGCGAUGUUCCGAUCGAUUUUCGUGUUUCACUAUUAUCGAACUCAUCAAAUCCACGCGCUGUGUUUUCCUCGAAAGGUAUUGGCGAACCGCCUCUUUUAUUUGGUACAUCGGCUUUCUUCGCUCUUAAGCAAGCUUGCACUGCCUAUCGAAAGCAACAAGGUUUGGAGAACUAUUUCACUCUGCAUUCUCCUGCUUCUGUCGAACGACUCCGAAUGGCUUGUGCCGAUGAAUUCACUCGUCGAGCAUGCAACGACCAAUCGCACGAAACCUUUCAACCAAAAGCUCACUUAACAGAGCACCAACAGAAGUUAAGUGCGGAAUUGAAUUCAAUCAUUAAUGAUUACGAUCAAUUCAAACAAAGUGUUAAUGAAAAACAACCGAAUUUAGAUUUAAUCAAGCAGAUUGAUCAAUGGGAAGAAAAGUCAAUUAAAUCAGUCAAGGAAACGGCUGAUGAGUGUCGGAAUAAAGUUGUCCAAGAAACAAAAUUAUUUAUUAAGGAGAUUGAAAAGAAAUUGGGUAAAUUAAUUGAAUACAUAAAGAAUAUUCGUAAAGACAAUGAUUUUAAUGAAAGUAAUUUGAAUUAUUUGCGAGAUAAAUUGAAAGAAACGACGAGACAAUUCAAUAAUUCGAUUAACAUUACUCUCGAACAAGAUACUUCGCAAUCAUUUAUUAGAAAGAUUUCAAUUAAAAUGAGCAAUGCUACUGAUUCGCAUGGUUCUUCAUCACCUCCUGUGAUUUAUAAUUCUUGUUCAAGUAAGGCCUGGUUGGAUCUUCAGUUUCAUGAGAACUCUAAAACAAUCAAGAAACCCGAUGAAAUAGAACCUAUGUAUGAACCACCAAGUUUAAUUGAUGAACAGAUUCUCAAUCGGAUUCAAGGUUCUAUGAUUGGAUUGGCAUUGGGUGAUGCUCUUGGUGCACAUGUAGAAUUUCGCCCUCACAAUUAUUUAGUUGCACAUCCGGUAACAGAGCUUCGAGGAGGUGGAACUUGGGGUCUUGAGAAAGGACAGUUCACCGAUGACACUUCAAUGGCACUUUGCUUGGCAAAUUCUUUGAUUGUUAACCAUGGUUUCAAUGCUUACGAUCAAUUAGUUCGGUACAAAUGGUGGUAUAAAUAUGGAUACAUGUCGUCAACUGGCCAAUGUUUUGAUAUUGGAGCAGCUAAUAAACAGUCGAUAGACGAAUUUAACCGCAGACAAAACAGGCUUAGCAAAGAAAAAAAUAUUCCAAAGGAAAAAAUUGAUUCCCUUUCUGACCGUGAAUUGUUAGAUAGCUUUCCGGUGUAUUGCAGCGAAGAAGGCGUAGCAAGCAGCGGAGCUCUUAUGCGCCUUGCGCCAGUACCACUCUUUUUCUAUAGAAAUCCUCAAGCGGCCGUUGAGUUUUCUGGUUUUAGCGGACAGAUAACGCACGGAGAUACGAGAGUGUAUGAUGCAUGCCGAUACUAUGGAGCAUUGAUUGUUGCUGCUCUUCAGGGUGAAAGCAAAUAUGAGCUUUUGGACGACCAGUUCUAUGAAAAGCAUAAGACAUGGUUUAGUGGGAAAGAUCUUCAUCCAGAUAUAAAAUCAAUUGCCGAAGGAACAUAUAAAAACGAUAAAGGUUAUGAUGGUGGUAUUCGAGGAAAAGGGUACAUAGUUAAUGCGCUCGAAGCUGCAUUGUGGGCAUUUUGGUCCACGAAGAAUUUUGAAGAUGGUGCGCUUGCUGCUGUUAAUAUUGGCGAUGAUACUGAUACAGCAGCAGCGAUCUAUGGUCAACUAGCUGGCGCUCACUAUGGAUACGACCAAUUGCCCAGAAAAUGGACUAGACACGUCUACGCUGAAGACUUUAUGAAAAUGUUAAGUAAAUGGAUUGCGUAUGAAGGAGAAUGUUGGACAAAAUAA